UACUUACGACUUCCUGUUUUGGUUUCAAACGCUAGUCGAUAGACUUGCGUCUGCGGCUGCGCAAAUAUACGCCAGUUUGGAUUCAUAAUUCAGUGUUGUAACAGUGUUUUAUAACUUAUAAGACUAUAACGUUUAUAAGACUAUAAUUUGCACCACGACACCGUUUUGAAAUUAUAUUUAUAUGUUACAAAUGGAACUAGCCUAGAUUUAUUAAACCCAUACAAAGUACAAAGUGCUUUUGUCACAAGCAUGCAUGGUGCAUUGUUGCACUAAUUGAAAACUUUUUUAAAAAAAAUGUAUGUAUCAAUUUAUUAAUAGCCUAAUUAUUUUUACAUUUUAAUUCAAAGCAUAACAAAUAAAACAAAUAGAAAAAUACAUAAAACACAGCUUUAAAAACAUAACGGCAUCAUCAUGACAUAUUGUAACCUUUAUAUCACUGGCCAGUUUAAGGUAAUAAAGAGACUUAUUAAAUGGAAUUACAGUGAGUCUUCAAAACAAACAAAAUGACCAUAUGUGAUAUUGAAUUAAACCAAAAUAUCUUAUAUUUUAUUUUUUACGUUAUCUUAUACGUUAUUGUCAGAGAUAUUGCCUUUUGAUGAAUGAAAUAUACCCAUCAUAUCAGUAGGAGCAUGAUCAACUGAGAAUAGAUACAAAUAUAUGAUACCUUAUUUUAACACUUCAAAAUGACAACCAGCUGAAUAUUUCUAAUCUAUGUUUGUACAUCAUAAAUUAAGUCCAAAGCAUCUCAAAGGUCAAUCUAGGGUGCUUAUCUUCAUUAUAAACCACAAACACUGUAUAAAUUAGCUUUUGUACCUAAAAAAAGAGAUAGAGAUUAAUACAAAAUAUAUUUUCAACAAAUGGUCAUACAAACUAGUUUGUUUAGAACACAGUGGCGGACAAAGUACACAACUUCCUUACUUGAGUGAAAGUAGAGAUACUAUUGUUCAAAUAUUAAAUGGUAAUAUUACUCCGUUACAAGUAAAAGUUGUAAAGACCGAAUUUUACUCAGGCUAAGUAAAAGUAAAAUUGUAAGUAAAAACUUGUUUUUAAAAGUGCCUCAAUGGUUGCAUACAACCAGAUGGCUGUUCCUUCAAAUAGUGCCCUAUUUAUUUUUUUGGCUUUGAAUGUUAUAGCCUUAUUGGUAUCUAUAAGCUAGAGUGCUCCAAAAGACAAUUUUCGCAUUUAGAAGACAAAACUUUCAAAAAAGAAAAUCAGGUUGAUGUCGAAUCCAACGCCAGAUUAAGUAUUCUGGUAGAAAAUGAUGUUGACGUCACAAACCAACAUCAGUCGGUUCUGACGUCACCCUGACUUUUAUUUCCAUACAAAAUGCAACCUCGCAAACAAAAUCCUGACUGACGUUACUACUUUCUAUUCAAGGGCCUUAAACAGAAUUGUACGUAUUGUAAAAAGUAUGAUAUUUGUCUUUCAAAUGUAGUGAAGUUAAAGUAAAAAGUUUAUAGUAAAAAGAAAAAAUAAUACUCAAGUAAAGUACAGAUAAUCAAUAAGUGUACUUCAGUACAGUACUCAAGUAACUUAAUCUUGUUACUGUCCACCUCUGGAUAUAUAUAUAUAUAGCCAUAUAGCCAUUAUAAUAUUCUAGAAAGGAUACAGAUAAUGAACAAAAAAAUAAGAAAUCUAAUGUUGGUAACAUGUUGCAAGUUUUUGAUAUUUUUAGUAGGCCUAUAUUUUGUUUACUUGAGCAUUUCAAUUUCUAUUAUGUUAAAAUCGUGACGUAUUGUUUUCAGUAGAUGCGGUCGAGAAGGUCAAGGGUUCUUGGUUAUUUUUAAUAAACGGGUUAUAUAAUUGCUUAUUAAACAAUCUAAGUUUUACAACAAAUAAGUGUAUUGUGGUUUAUGGAUGGAUUGAGAUAUUAUUGAACUGUUGUGCUGAUAUGGGCGUGGCAGAAAAGAACGCGACCGUUUCGCGCAUGCGCACAUCAUCGAACAUCUUGGCGAAAGAUCAGCCCCUAUGAUCAGCCCACGGCACACAGCAAUGAGCAGCAGCAGUGAGAUCAGCAGCAGCGCUGUAGACUUACACAUGAAACAAUGUACUGUGAUUUUAAGACGGACGAAGAAUGCCCCAUACGUUGAGAGGGUGGGAGGUAUGACGGGUUUAUCCUGUUUUUCCUCUUGCUUUUGAGAUAACAUGAGAGCUCCGAGCCCUGACCAGUGUUGAUCAGAAAGGGAGGGAGGUGUCCAUCUCCACCAUCCUCUAGUAGCCAUCAUCAUCAUCAUCAUUCUCCACAGCACCUCCAUCGCAUCCCAAGGCUUUGUGUUGCGGGCAGGACUGGUUCGGCUAAGCUACAACGUUAUGUAUCUAUCUACAGUGUAAUAGGCAUGUUUUUGUUGGAAAGUGUCAGGACGUGCAUUUGUGUUGCAAGAGAUUUACAGUCGCAUUGUGGAAUGAAACACCAAGUGGCGUGUAAGUGUCCUCUGUUAGAAUAAUGUUGCCAGGCGUGGGUGUAUUUGGAACAGGGCAGACAGUUCGUGCCCUGGUGCCGUUGCUCCAAAAAGAAGGCUUCCCUGUUCAGGCCGUCUGGGGCCGUACACAAGAGGAAGCCGAGUCACUAGCCAGCGAGUUGGACAUUCCCUUUUCCACCAGCCAAACAGAUGAUGUGCUGCUACAUCCGGAGGUCCACCUUGUCUGCAUAUUGACACCUCCUCCCCACACACGGCAGAUUGCGGUAAAAGCUCUAGGUAUAGGUAAAAAUGUGAUCAGUGAGCAGGCAGCUACACUGACAGAUGCCUGUAAGAUGGUGACAGCGGCGAGAUAUUACCCACAGCUUAUGAGUAUCAUGGGAAAUUCCUUGCGCUUCUUGCCUGCAUUUGUCCAGAUGAGACGCCUGCUAGGAGAGGGGUAUUGUGGGACCUUGCAGGUAUGUGAAGCCCGAGUAUAUGGAGGCUCACUGCUCAGCCAAUCAUAUGGCUGGGCAUGGGAGGAGCUUAUGGGGGGAGGUGGCCUGCAUACAGUGGGCUCCUGCAUCAUUGACCUCCUGAGCCACCUCACGGGACGUCGGGCUAUGCGAGUGCAUGGAAUGCUCCGGACUUUUGUACGUCAAGGUGGUCCAGCGGGAGGGAUUCGUUCAGUUACCGCAGAUGACUAUGCUUGCUUUCAGCUGCUGAUGAGCGGAGGUGUGGUCUGCAGCGUUACGUUAAACUUCAAUCUACCUGGCACAGAUGUGCAUGAGAUCAUGCUUGUGGGGUCAUCAGGGCGACUCAUUGCUCGAGGAACAGAGCUGUAUGGCCAACGGACCAGCAUGCAAGUAGAGGAGCUUCUUAUGACGGAUGCUGGUGAAGCUGUAGGGCCAUCUGUCAGGGGACUAAAUGGCAUGGUGACUCAGCUCAGACUCUCUUUUCAGGCACAAGAGGACAGGCGCUCUUGGGUGCGGCAUCCUGUUUCCAUGGCAGCCACCUUCGAGGAUGGGCUGUAUGUUCAGACAGUUGUGGAUGCCAUCAAACGAUCAAAUCGCACUGGAGAGUGGGAGUCAGUGGAGGUCAAGAUUCAGGAUGUUGACCCAAACCACAACCACAGGACCCUGCUGAACUAACACUACACAAACUGUUACAUUCUAUAUCUCAAGACCAACCAUAUUAAUAUCAUUCACCCUUUUUUUAAAAUCAAAUAACCAUGCUUUCAUUUUAAACAUAAAGUACCUGAGACUGAAUACAUAAUUUAUCUGAGUUUAUGCAUUCUUACUGCAAGUUUUAAGUUAUCAGGGGGAUUGGGUCGCAAAACACUGGAGAUGGGUCACUGGAUAGGAAUUGUGGUUUCAGGGUUGUUUUGUUGCCUAUUUCUUGUAACAAAAAAAGAUGUGCAAAACUUAUCUGUGAAACUUCUGUGCUUUCUUUAUUUUUAUGUGAUCAGUUUAAAUUUGAGUCAACGGGAUAUAAGUGUGAGCCCCUCAAGUUUUUUAUAUUUUAUAUCAUGAGUAGUGUAUUUAAGCUUGUGCCCUGCUGAGGAUUUUUUCUGUAUAUGUGUGCAUGAGAGAGAGCUUUUAUGGCACUGAUCAAGUUACAAUGCUGAACACUAGAUAUUUUCUGUAAUAAACCUGUUGUGACUUAUAGCCUGAUGUCCAAUGCAUUGGACAUGUUAAUGGUUUUACUGAGCUGCACAUAAUUUCUUGAGUUAAAUUGCUGAAUUUGUAUCUGCACUGUAUAAGAGUGAGUGAUGGGUUGUGUUUUUAUUCAUUGUUAUAAGUUUAAUAAUAAACAUUUACUUAAUUUAA